CAGCUUUACAAUUAAAACUAUACAUCAUCGAAACCGAGUACUACACACGUUAUUGUAGAGCGUUUGAAUUAUAUGAGGGAGGAGAGAGAUGAGGACUCACAUAUGAGAGAAAUGACUGAAAAACGUUCAUAUACUCGAUAUACUAAAAAGGCUCAAAUACAACAAAGAGAGAGUAGGGAAAAAAGGCUGUGGAGAGAUAAUAUGGUAAUAUGUAGUAUAUAUAAGAGAAAAAAUAAAUAAAAUGAG